UGAAAUUUCUUCGAGUGCUUGCGAUAAGGCUGGGUGAAGUAAGGUUACAUGGAAAGGGAGACUGCUGUGUCCUUAGGACUUCUUUAACGAUUUAAAGAGAGACUCAUAAAAGUAAAAAGAAGCGUGCUAAGAUGGCAAAUGUGAUCUGUGGGAGGGCGCGCAUGGUGACGUACCUGCCAGGGAUCCACGUUCUGGUCCGUCGUGUUGUCGGGGCCAGGUCCUUCUCUGGGGCCGGAUCCUCAGGGUCUGACGAGCCCCUUCGGACGAUCAUACCACCUGACCUGGGUCCCAGGACGGUGUGGCCAGAUGAGAAUAUGGGUCCGUUUGGACCUCAGGAUCAACGCUUCCAGUUGCCGGGUAAUGUGGGCUUCGACAGCCACUUGGAGGGCACUGCAGAACAGAGGAUGAGGACGCUCCCCAGAAGAGUGCCCGAUGUGCUGACCGCGCCCACCAGCAGUGACCGGCACCAUUUCGUCUUGGCCCAGCUGGUCUCAGAGUUCGGGGGCCAGGAAUCGCCACCAGGGCCUGUUAGCAAAGUGGACCAGUACUUCGAUAACUCUCAUGUGGAGUGUGCCAUACAGUUGUGUCCCGAGCUGCUGAAGAAAGAUUUGCAGUUAAUGUUCCCGGAAGCUCCCUCAAACAGCAUGAUGGUGGUGACUGUGACGCAGAAGACGGAGAAUGACAUGACGCGGUGGUGUGAGGCCGUGGAGGUCGAGCGGGAACAGCUCCUCUCCCAAUUUAUUGAAGGGGCCAAGGAGAUCUGUUAUGCUUUGCAGAAAGAAGGUUUUUGGGCAGACUUCAUAGACCCUUCCUCAGGGCUCGCUUUUUUUGGCACGUACACCAACAACACGCUGUUCGAGACGGACGAAAGGUAUCGCCACCUGGGUUUUCGCAUCGAAGACCUGGGCUGCUGCAAAGUCAUCAGUCACGCCCUCUGGGGAACACACGCGUUCGUCGGGACGGUUCUCACCAACGCACCUGCGCACAGUCAGGUCAUGAAGAAACUACAAGGCAGCCAAGAGUGAAAGGACCACUUGCGGAAGUCCCAGGAUGUCCUAUCUGUGUCCAGAUAUGCUGUGGUUGGCACAGCAUUCAUAACUCCGAAGAAAAUAAAUCAAGGCACAGUUUAAAGUGGGCCUUUGCCACUUAGACCGUCAGAUUUUCAGAGACUUUUGCCUGUACACUAUAUGUAAAAACUUGAAAAGUGUGUUUGAAUUAGGUACCCCGAUAAGCUGUAUUAAGCAGAAGAUUACAAUAUAUUUAUUUUUAUUAAUACAAGUAACUAAGUGAUAUAUAUUACGUGUGAUUGUUUUGUCUCUGUCCGACAUGAUUAGUCCAUGAUAUUCCAUUAUUAACGGAAGUUAUUGUGUUGUGGCUGUGCGUGUGAUCAUCCUCCCUAGACUGAACUCUCUCACCCUGGGUCUGGAAUGGCUCCUGAUCCAUGCUUUCUUAAAAGAAAAAAAAACAUCCAAUCACAUUGCCUUUUACCUCUUAGUUCGGUUGAGAGCUCAGCUGUUGUGUCUUGGUGCUCUGACAUUAUGUUGUAGAUAAGAGAUUUGACUUGAUGCUGACUAAGUCUGAUUGUGGGGGGACGUUGUAAAUUUUAUGGCAGCUUUUGCUAUACAGGUCCACGCUAUAGAGAAUAAAGAAAAGUAUUUUGUCA